ACUCCCUCUCUCUUCAACUUAACUAAUGAUGUCAAAUUCAAAAUAUUCAUCAUCAUAUUUUUGCAAUUUACUUUUUCGUAAUUAGUAAUAUUAGUAUACUAAAUUUGAAACGUUUAGCUCGUGAGGUAGAGAAAUGGAGAAAUCAGUUGAAAUUGCAAUUCCUGGAACCAGACACUCCAAUUUGAAGAAAUCAUUUAAGCAUUGCUUAGGUUUUCUGCUUACGGCUUUUCCUUUUGAGGAUUUCUGUAGAGCAUUUCCAAGGUUCACCGGAGCAGAGCAUGAUCGGCUUUAUCAGCUAUAUAUUCAGGUCAUUACAUCGCUACAUGAAAAUAUGCAGGAUGAGUUCGAUUUAGUAUGUCAUGAAACACAGGUGGGUACCACUUUGGACACUGUUGAACACCUUGUGGAGCAGCAAAGUCUGGAUCCUUUAUUUUCAAAGAAAACGAAUUUUGUUCAUCUCAAGCAUGAUCUUUUAGCUACAAAGGAGAAUGAGGUCCAUGCAUUGGAGGAGUUGCUAGAUAAGGUUGAAGAUCAGAAACAUAAAAUCAAAGCGCAGAUCAAACUUCUCAAAAAGAAACGUGAAGAGUCUGAUGACACAUCAGGCCCUACAGAAACUAUAGAAAAGUUGAGAUCUAUGAUGGUUAGCUAUGGGAGUUACAGUGACAAAGGGAUUUCUGAUCAUAGAUGAGGCAUGAAAGGAGCUUCUGGCUUUCAAGUAGGCAUGUCUAACUGGUGCGUUGCAAAAAUAUACAUUAUUUGUUAUCGUUUUAGUAGUUGUUUGGCUCAGCAAACUAAAAUGGAAUGGAUUGGGAAUACUACGCUAAAUUUGUUUGAUUUAUACAUGAUUGAAUGUUCUAGUUAAAAUUUGUAUUUUGGGUGGAAUAUAAUUAGAUUUUUAGAGGGUAAAGUGGGUAUGAAAUUGUAGGGGUUUGGAAUGGGGUUAACUACUAAUGGUAUGGGGUUACAUAGCAAAAAUUGUUCCACCAAAGAAUGAUCUAUUCCAACCCACUCCAAAAAGCCCAACCAAAUUUGAGUGUCAUCUUUUAUUAAGGCAAAAACCCAUAUGAGAUGAUGUGGUCUCAAUGUAACUUAAUAUGAUGUCAAGUGUUUCGUCACUAAUUAAUGGUAACACCAUAACGUAAGUUUUUAUUGAUGAAA